UCCCACCUCCCACCAUGGAGCUGAACCAGACAUUCCCACCUACCGCGUCACCCACGCCGACCACCGGUGGAGAAGACUCCUGCAUAUUGGAGGUCACUGACAUGGCCAUCGAUGGUCUCACGCUGCUCAUCUGCCUCUGUGGGCUGGUGGGGAACGGGGUGGUCCUCUGGCUCCUCGGCUUCCGCAUCCGCAGGAACCCCAUCACCGUCUACAUCCUCAACUUGGCCGUCACUGACUUCGCCUUCCUCCUCUUCAUAGUCGCCUCAUCCCUCCUCUACCUGAUAGACAAUUCCUCUUGCGACCCCACUGGGAUCCUGAAGUACCAGAGGUGGCUUUUCCAGUUCUCACUCUUCUCCUACAACAUGAGUCUGUACCUCCUGACGGCCAUCAGCAUCGAGAGGUGUGUGUCCAUCCUCUGCCCGCUCUGGUACCGCUGCCGCCGCCCCCAGCGCUUGUCGGCGGCACUGUGUGCCCUGCUCUGGGUCCUCUCCAUCGCUGUCACUGCUCCAGUCACUGCUCUGUGCCUGAUGAAGUAUGAAGAGCACUGCCAGACAGCUCUCAUCUCCAUGUAUGUCCUCAACUUCCUCAUCCUUGCCCCACCCAUGGUCAUUUCCAACGUGAUCCUCUUCAUUAAGGUCCUGUGUGGCUCCCAGCAGCGCCAGCCCAAGAGGCUCUACAUCGUCAUCUUCCUCACUGUCCUCUUCUUUCUCAUCUUUGGGGUUCCCCUCAGCAUCCAGAAUUUCCUGCAGCAGUUCAGCUACCGCUUUCUGUCCUCCCAGGCUGUUUUCCUCCUCGCCUCCAUCAACAGCAGCAUCAACCCCUUCAUCUACUUCUUGGUGGGGAGCUGCCGGAGGCACUGCUCCGUGGUGUCUCUUCAGGUCGCCUUCCAGAGGGUCUUCGAAGAAACGGCAGUCACCAUGGUCUCCAGCUAA